GCCAAUGGGAGGCCGCGUCAAUAUUUACCCGCCCUGACGACAGUGACGUCAGUGACGGAAGUAAACAAAAAGAAGACGAGAGGAUUUAAAGCUGCGUCACAAAGUUCCUCAGUUCAGUUCAGUCCGGAUCAGAGACGGUUCGAAGGUUCGAGUCCCGGUCAGAGCAGAGUCUACACGGAGUGGUUCAGUCACAGUCUGGGUCAGAAAGAGUCUGGUUCAGUCCUGGUUCAGAGGUUGUUGUUCAGUCCUGGUUCAGUCAGUCCUGGUUCAGGUGUCCCGGUGCAGCACCAUGUCGGUGACGGUGAAGGCCUACCUGCUGGGGAAGGAGGAGGUGGUGAAGGAGGUCCGGAGGUUCACGGUGGACCAGCAGGUCUCCUGCUGCUACGAAUACCUGAGAGACAAGACAUCCGGGGUCUUUAACAACCUGAAGGACAACUACAACAUGUUCUACAGAGAUGAAGAAGGAGACCUGGUGGCGUUCUCCUCUGAUGAUGAGCUGAUGAUGGGUCUGGCCUGUAUGAAGGACGCCACCUUCCGCCUCUUCAUCAAAGAGAGGAAGGAGAACCGGAGAGACUUCCCUCUUCACGCCUUCCCUCCAUUCACCUUUGCCCCUCCUCCACCUGGAGCUCCUCAGGGCCCGCCCCCUCACAUGGGCCCGCCCCCUCACAUGGCCUCGCCCCCGUUGCACCGUGAUGUCACUUGUGACGGCUGCGAGGGCGCUGUGGUGGGAACUCGCUUCAAGUGUACCGUGUGUCCCAACUAUGACCUGUGCUCCGCCUGCCAGGCUCGAGGGACGCACACCGAGCACGCCCUGCUGCCCAUCUGGCACCCGCUGCAGUGGUUUCCUCGGGGGAAGUGGAUGAAGAGGAUGAGGCACUGCAUGUGGAACCAGAACCUGAACCUGAGCCAGGAGCAGAACCAGGACCAGGACCAGGAGCAGCCUGGAUCCUCCAGACCUGCUGCAGACUGCAGCGCCCCCUCUGCCUCACAGGCCAACGUGGAUUUCCUGAAGAACAUCGGUGAGGGCGUGGCGGCCAUGUUGAGCCCGCUGGGUAUUGACGUGGACAUCGACGUGGAGCAUGAAGGCCAGAGGACCAAGGUGACCCCUCCGUCGCAGAAAGUGGGUGGAGCCAGUGACGAGGGCGGAGCCAGCGAUGGGGGUGGGGCCAGCAGUGGGGGCGGAGCCAGUGAUAGGGGCGGAGCCAGCGAUGGGGGUGGGGCCAGCAGUGGGGGCGGAGCCAGCGAUGGGGGUGGGGCCAACAGUGGGGGUGGGGCCAACAGUGGGGGCGGAGCCAGCGGUGGGGGCGGGGCCAACAGCGAGGGCGGGGCCAGCAGUGAGGGGCCAAAGGUGAGCAAAGACUCUGACGAGGAGUGGACUCACCUGAGCCCCAAAGAGGUCGACCCCUCCACAGGAGAGCUCCAGUCUCUCCAACCAGAGGGCCAGGACCAGAACCAGGACCAGAACCAGGACCAGGGUUCCCCGUCUUUGGAGCAGGGUCCAACAGGUCUGAAGGAGGCGGCCCUGUACCCUCACCUGCCCCAAGAAGCCGACCCCCGCCUGGUGGAGUCUCUGUCCCUCAUGCUGUCGAUGGGUUUCACCGAUGAAGGCGGCUGGUUGACUCGUCUCCUUCAGGCCAAAGACUUUGACAUCGGCGCCGCGCUGGACGCCAUCCAGUACGCCAAACAGCCCCGCCCACAGCAGCCCUGAUGAUGUCAUCACUGUCUAUACUAAACCAGUGACGUCUGAGCAGAAGAUGAUUUAUAGUCCGAUGUUACGAUUGUUUCCUGCUAUCUCUCUGUUAUUAAUCAAUACUUUGUCUCAUUGAUUACUGUUUCUACGGCUUUGUUAUGUUUACUGUCGAUCAAUAAAAACAUGAAGAACUGAA